AUGAUUUGGGCUGCUGCUCUCCUCAUGAUUGUUGUUUCGUACGUUAAUUCAGAGGACUACUGCUACGAUGAGCCACACUGCGAUCCUUAUGCGUGGGGAGACAUGUUCCCGUCUUGUCACCCUUUACUUGAAGAGCAUCACUCUCCCAUCAAUCUGGACCACCCGAUGACCAGGAACGAGUCUCUGGGAUCUUUACACCUGGAGGGCUUCGACGUGAUCCAAACGGGCCACUGGACCAUUAAAAACGACGGACACUCUGUGGUGCUGCAGGUUGGCAACGGCAUGUCGGUGAGCGGCGGAGGUCUUCCAGAUGUGUACCACACCAUGCAGCUGCACUUCCACUGGGGAGGCCCGGCCACUAACGGUUCAGAGCACACUGUGGACGGACGCAGAUACCCGAUGGAGAUGCACAUAGUCAACAUGAAGUCCAUCCAUCCGAAUAUGACAGCAGCCAUGGACGAUCCAACAGGACUCGCUGUUCUUGGGUUCUUUAUUGAUGUUGUUUACGCAGACAACGUGCACUUCGGACUCAUCUCACAAAAGCUGUCCUCUGUUGCUUACAAAGGCCAAACCACCAAAAUCAAGCCAUUCCCGCUGACGAACCUUCUGCCAAAGCACAACAUGAGUCAGUAUUACCGUUACUACGGCAGCCUCACCACCCCUCCGUGUUCUCAAGUGGUUGUGUGGACUCUGUAUGAAGUCCCCAUCUACAUCUCAUGGUCCCAACUGGCUCAGUUUACCUCACAGAUCUUCUCCACAGAGGAGGACGCAGAGCAGGUGACACCUCUGCAGAACAACUUCAGACACAUCCACCCGACCUUCAGCCGCGUCAUCUCUGUGUCCAAAGACGUCAAACUCCUCACAGGGACGUCCGGUCGUCCCCUCGGCUCCGAUGUGUCACUGCAGCUGCUUCAAGUCAUUUUGCUGGGAGGCUUCAUCUCUGGACUUUAAUGACACGUUAAGUCAAAAACAUGAAACACUGCAUUGUCAUACAAAAGAUGGAUUCAUGUGUUUGCAACUCACUCCAGAAUGACAUUUAGAUGAUGACCAGCAAAGAAUAAAUAUCAAAAUACAAACUGUGAAUAAAGUACUGUAAAAUGUUGCUAAAUGUUAAACCGUCUCUGCAGUCUCUGCAGGUUUAACUUGAUUAGUGCAUUUAAAAUGUGAUUAAAUAAAUGUCUCUUUACUAACAGUUUAAAAUAAUGUCAUUUGAGCAUUGAAAUGUGUUUUUAUGGUGACAGCCAUGUGUGCAUUUAUGACUGUAGGCCUUUUUACUCAGCUUGUUCUUGAAAAAAGGUACAAGCGGAACAUAUACUGUAUGGUCUUCUCAUUUAGGUUUGUGUCAAAAAUAUUACAAUGAAAGUGACAAAAGUAAAAUGGAAAAAAUAGGUAUUAAGUAUUGGACAAGUAUUGAUGGCUCUGGAUCAAAAGUUGAAUAUUUCAAUAAAAAACAAAAAUGUCAACCUCAUAUGGGCUAAAAAUAUAAAGAAAUGCAAAUUGUUGAAGUAUGAAGUGUUUUUGUAAUACAGAUCUCAGAAUUUCAGUCAAAUACAAAUGCAAUGUGGGGGAAUUAAAGAAAGUUACUUUUACUAAUAUAUGAUAUUAUGUCAGCAACGCUCAGGCCAUCACAUUGAUUAGAAACGUUGUAU